AUGGCGUCUCAACCUUCCCCGGACCCGCUGGAUGUCCUGCAGGCCAUGAUCGAUGAUGUCCUGGUUCACACUGGUAAAGCCCUCAGGGCCUCACGUAAAGAUGUUCAGGGCAAUACGCAUUCCAACCAAGCAACACUCAAGUCCAAGUUGCCUGAGUCUAUUGAUGGCUUCCGAGAAGCGUUACAUAAAUUGGAAUGGGAUAUUAUUGACGCCAAAUCUGUCUUGAUGCGUGAUGUCAAACGGAUACAGCAACAAAAGCAGCAGGAGUCCGCUGUAACAUCACAGCCUCCUCAGCCUGUUGAGUCCCAAUCAAAGUCGCCCAUGGUCAUUGAUCUUGAGUCUUCGCCACCUCCACUCCCCCAGGACCAGCCUAUGACGGAACUCAAGGCCAAUAAGCCGGUCGCCCCCUUUCCAGACAUGGGUAUGGGUCUCUCCGACAUUGGCCAACCUAAUCAAGCGAUGAAGGACGACCUCAAUCAAAGCGUGGUUCCAUCUACAGCCUCCGACCAGUCUAAGAUGAAGACCAGCCUCUCUCCAACGCCAGCUGCAACAGCUGUUGCUGUCGCCCCUAUGGCCCCAAUGCCGGUCAUGGAUGAAAAGUCAUUAGAAAACCACAACAGUGAUGUGAUGGACCUUACCUCUGAUGGACCUCACUCGGAACUGAACUUUACAAAUAUGCAGUUCACGUUGGCACCGACAAAUAACGACUCACAGAAUCAAUCUACAAAUCAGGAGCCUUCAUUCGACUUGGCAACAUUUGCUCCUCCUGAAGGUAACGACGACAUCCUGGGUCUUGAUGACCUUUUGCCAACCAACAACAAUCCACAGCCGAAUAUAUCUCAGCUGCCUGCUGGCUCAACUGCGAAUGGGGUCAAACAGGAGCCUGCCAUGAAUGCCGAUAACCAAGGAGCGCCCCAGGAAGUGUCAAACGAUAAUUUCGAUUCUGUCUUUGAUGACGAGAUAUUCGGUAGUCUCGGUACAGGCGGUGGGUUAGCUGAUGGAACGGGCGAGGCUACGUACGAAGAUCUCAUCAACGGCGACGAUGAUACGAACCUCGACUAUAUGGAGAACAGCGAAUUUGACGACCAAUACUUUUUCAACCCGAUGUAG